AUGUCAAUUAGAAGCAAUUUCCAGGUGUUCGUUGCACUUCCCGACCCUAUUAUCUUGACUCGCGUUGAGUUGCAAGAGUACGACGACGGUGUGCAGCCACUCAAGCUAUUCGUCGGCACGAUUUCGAGAGAGGCCCCCGGUUACGGACGAGUCUGCGAGUACGGCCAAGUUAUGGCAGAUGUCUUCCUCGUGAAGUACAAAGGCAUGCCUAUCCAGUGGAUUGAAAGCACCUCYAACAAAGACUCCAUCCAGGACACGAUGCACUUUCAGAYAUAUCUCUCUGCCAACCUCGCCACCAUUUGCCUGUUGUACUACCACGCCGGUGCCCGCAACGCCUACGACAUCAUCACGCUCAGCGAACCACGCAUGGCGAAGAUGCUCUACAAGACGCUCGAGGAGAUGCGUAACGAGGCUCGGCCUGAGUAA